GCCGCUAGCCGCUCCAUACAACACAGUUGGAGAAGAGGAAGGAACUGGUGUUGUCAAGGCCAAUGUCGAUGAUGCGCGAGUCGAUGGGCGAUGGAGACGCGAACUCGAUCACUGACUAGAAAAACGAAAAGAUGCAGCAACAAUAGAUCUGGUACAUCAUCGGUAACCCUGCUCCUUUUCUGUGCCUCCUUGCCGUCGACCAGCUCUGACAGGCACACUGAGCAUGUGCCCUCCAACCCUGCCAUGACGGAGGGAGCCAGCAACGCGAGCCCAACAAAGGCCAACGCGGCGGCGCUCGGGCAGAUGCUCAUGCAGCAUGGCUCCCAUGGAGGCUCGCAUGAACCUGGAAGGGCGACGGCGGCACACACAGGAAGGGGUCACACAUCCGCGUGCGCUUGUGGAGGAAGACUGCGGCGGCACGUGCACCCGCAGAAGAGGUCUGGUGUGGCGACACAAACCCGGGGCAGAGCGAGACCCGACCUGUCCUUCCCACGACGUGCUGGUCCCGAGGACUGCCCAACCACGGUUCGGCCGACAGCGGAGGUUGCAUCCGCCUCCAUGGCGGCGUGCGAUGUUGCUGGCGGCGGGGAUACAACCCCAUCACAGCCGCCACCACGACAACGUGCAAUGGGCCAGAUCCAGCUGGGCUAGUUGAUGGGAAGGUGGACAGAGGCCGUCAACGAAGCCUUGAUGGUGAGUUCUGAUCUGGUGUUGUGCUUGACGACGCUACGACGAACGCAGCGGAUCAAAUG